UUUCAUUUUCAUGGUCAAGAAUCUGUCGUUCCAAACGUGGCCUUAGGUCCACAACAUUCCGCAUUUCACCUUGCAGUGAUAUUUUAUGAUUUUUAUCAUUCGAAGUUCGAACGCUAAAAAACCCUAAGAUGCAAAGCUUUCUUCAUCUUCAUCCACAGUGGGAAAUACUUUAGACAUUGAAAUUUGGCCCUUCAGCCAUCGAGCCAAACGCAAAACCCUCGCCUCUUCCCUCUCAAGGUUCAAUCCUCCCUCUUCGAAGGACAGAACAAUUUAAAAAUCAAAAAGCAGAACCCAUUUUUCAGCUGGUCUCUCUCUCUAAACAGGGAUUUUACUUCUACGCUUUGAUUUUGGCAGUCAACCUUUUCCCAUUUCUUCAGGAGUCAGUUCACUUGCAUCAGGUGGUUAAUUUGCUUUUACAAUGGCAGACGCUGAAAAUGUCCUUCCACCUUCAAAGAAGAGGGCAGCUGGAAGGGAACUUUCUCGAGAUAACCCUGGUCUUGAUGAUGAGGAAGAUACUUCUGAACAAGAAACUGGAACUUUCAAGAAAGCUAGCAAUGAGGUGCUGGCAACCAGAAGAAUGGUCAAAGUUCGUCGCCAGCAAACCACAUCUGGUCCCUCUUCCAACCCUUUUGCUGGGAUCCGUUUGGUCCCUCUUACUGAACCCAGUGUGACUCCUGCUGAAACUGCCCCUGAAGCAAAUACUGCUGGUGAGAAACCUGUUUCAGAAGCUUUAGGUGGAGAGAAUAACGUGUGUGACAAGCAGAAAGAUGAGAAUGAUAAACAGCCUGAAAACAAGACUGAUGAGCCAGAGGCUGAAUCUGCUGCAGGUGUGGAAAAUGCUGCAGAAAAGAACGGGGAAACUGUCAAUGAGGCAGCUGGUUCUGAGAAGAGCAGUGAAAUUGUCAAUGAAGCAGCUGGUCCUGAGGCAGAUGAUGAAAAAGCAGCAGAGGUUGAUAAAACUGAGAAAGAAGAUCUAAAAGAAAAUGUUGGUGAAGAUAAAGAUUCAAGUGAGGAGACAGCAAGGUUUAGUUCAUUCCAACAGCUUUCAAGCAGCCAAAAUGCAUUCACAGGUCUUGCUGGAAGUGGGUUUUCUGGUUCAACUUUCUCUUUUGGAUCAACUGUUGUUAAGGAUGGGUUUGUAUUGGGUGCUAGUUCUGGUUCUCCAUCAAAAAAUGAACAACCUUAUCCUUCUUUUGGUUUUGGUCUACCCAAUAAUGGGAAUUCGUCCGUCUUUGGCACAAGAGGGGUGUCCAUAGUGUCUAAGAACGGGGGUAGUUUCCCAUCAAUGCGGGAAGUUCCUGUUGAGACAGGGGAAGAGAAUGAGAAAGCUGUUUACCAAGCUGACUCUGUGCUGUAUGAAUUUAUCGACGGAAGCUGGAAGGAACGAGGGAAGGGAGAACUCAAGGUUAAUGUCUCCACAAGUGGGACAGAAAGAGCAAGGCUUGUAAUGAGAGCUAGGGGAAAUUACAGGUUGAUUUUGAAUGCAAGUCUUUACCCAGAUAUGAAGCUCACAAAUAUGGACAAGAAGGGCAUCACUUUUACAUGCAUGAAUAGCACAGGUGAAGGGAAAGAUGGUUUUUCUACAUUUGCUUUGAAGUUCAAGGAUGUCUCCAUAGUUGAAGAGUUUCGGGCAGCUGUUAUGGCACAUAAAGAUAAAGUGCCUGCUGCUUCAAAGACACCAGAAUCAGCAUCAGUUGCUGCUUCAGAGAUGCCAGAAGCUGCGGCAACCAUGGAUUCAAAGACACCAGAAACAGCUACUGCUUCCAACACACAAGAAGUGGCUACUGCUUUAAAAACGCCAGAAAAUUCUCCGAAGGCUUCCAGUGACUAGGUGAGGUGUAACUCAGUAAAACCGAGUUUUAUUCUAUCAGGAAGCCACCUUUGGGGAGCUGAAAAUAUGUACGUUCAAGAGUUUGGUAGUUCGGGAACCUGAGAGCUUCUGGCUGUUGGAGAGUCAUCAAUUUGUUGUUGUUUUGUCUUUACUCUGGUCAUGGACCAAUGUUCUAGCUUCCUUAAAUCCUGGGGGUCACACUGCAUAAUUUUAUAGUUCUUAAGACUUUGAAUAUUUCACAUAUUUUAUAACCAUAUUUUAAUUAUUAAGUUAUAUAUGAAAAUGGCAACGAAACCCAUAUUAAAGAUGC